AUGGCCGACCGUAGAAAGCGCGGCGCGCCUACAGAUUCGAGCGGCUCUCCUCGCCCACGGGCACGCGCUAGGCCAGCACACACCCAUGUCCUCAAGAAGCUGAACGCAGUAGUGGCAACGGUGCUGUUGCUGACUGUCGUCACAUCGACUGUCACUCAGCGCUUUGCACCCAAGGCGCGGCAACCCAUCCACGAGCCGCGACGCCUGGAUUGGGAAGAGCACGUGAAAGACGUGAGACGCAGGAAGCUGUUCCGACGCAUGUACAGGAUGGAGGAGCACAGUUUCGACAAGCUGGCGGAACUUCUGCGACCCAUCCUCGAGCGCAACGACUACAGCGCAAGGUUGCGCACGAGUAGUGGAGCUGUGCCGGUGAAAAUUCGGCUGGCUGUGGCGUUGCGCAUGUUCGCCGGGGCGUCAUACAUCGAUGUCGCUCUGCUGUUCGGCAUUGCGAAGGAGUCCGUGUUUAACGUCAUGUGGCAAGUGGUGGACGCCAUCAACAACACGCCGACGGUCGGGCCGUUCUUUUUCCCCCAGACAGUGGAGGAGUGCACCCGGCAAGCCAGGGAGUGGGAGGUCAAAAGCACCGGCGGCGCAUUCGCAGGGUGUGUGGCUGCCGGAGAUGGCCUGUUCGUGAAGACAUUCGCCCCAACCGUGGUGAACACCCCGAAUGUACUCUCCUUUUUUUCGGGUCACAAGAACGGGUACGGCUUGAACAUCCAGGCGACCUGUGAUGCCAACUACCGCUUCUGCAGCAUGUCGGCCAUCGCGGCCGGUUCGACGAACGACUGGACCGCGUGGAAUCGCUCGGAGCUAUCAGACUCGGUGGCGCGCCUACCGCCCGGCUUCUACAUGCUAGGAGAUGCAGCGUACCCCCUCAGCGAUCAACUCCUCACGCCGUACCCAGGGAAGUUGCUACCUCGAGACCAGGACGCCUUCAACUUCUACCUCAGUCAACUGAGGGUGAAGAUAGAGCAAGCUUUCGGCAUCCUCGUUGGGCAGUGGGGUAUUCUGUGGAGGCCGUUGCGGGUUCAGUUCGCUGGGCGCAGCGGCCUCAUCACUGCCCUCUUUCGCCUGCACAACUUCCUCUGCGAUGAGAAAGUGAAGCCUGUCCACAUGACCGAAGAGGAUGGGGACUCCGCGCGCGACCGCCCCAACCUGACAGAAGAGGACACGCUUCCGGAAGAUUUCCAGACGGCCUCCAGGGGCACGCCGACCAGGUCGGGCGACGUCGCCACCCGUAUGGCGCUGAGGAUGACGCUGGACAACAAGCGGCAGUACCGCCCUCUCCACAACGUGGUGCGCAACGAGGCACGGGGUUCGUAAAGGGCUGGAAGGCGAGAGCGGAGCUGUGCGGACUGGACUCGAUCGCCAAUGGGCUGGCCGCGACCGGGUGCUUGAAGGGGGGGAGGGGGGAGAAGGGGCGGGGCAGAACGUGAAGAUGGGGGGGAGCGACAGACCAACGUCUUGGGGGUCGCCAGGGGGGGGGAGCAGGGGCAUGGUGAGGGGGGGUAUACAUGUAGGGUUGGUGGGGUGCGGCGGGGUCGUCGGCGCGAGUCGCCUGCCGCUGGGAGGACUGAGAUGGGUUUGUGGUUUUUGUCUUUGUGUGGAUUGCGGUUCUCUUGUGUGGCGUUGGGAUGGGAAUGGAUGUAGUAGGUGUUUUGUUCCGACUUGGUGUUGUUUACAGUACCUGUUGUCUCUCGUGUGAUAAUGAGUAGUUGUGUUGCGCGGGGAGCCAGAAAUAGUGCUCUUUGUUAUCUCUGCCCUACAGAUGAAGAUUUUGUUUUCGCCGCAUGUAUUGUUGUUCAGUUGGACACACAGCAACGUGGCGGAAAUUACGUGUACUCCCUCUUCGGUAUUUUUAAUGGUUUUCUAGAAACGUCAGCGGUUUACGUCCAGCCUGCGAAAAAUUGGUUCCAGGGGGGACUGUUGUGUACGCACUAAACCCUUCCCCAACCAUCCCCUCUCACAGUCUCAAAAUCCGCAUUCCGUUGUAAUUUUUGGUUGUCAGUGUUAUUUAAGGAGGGACGGUAUUUAAGUAUACCGGAUGUUAACUUAUUUUUGUGUACCCUUCGUUUCCUGCGUGUGUUUUCUCGAAUGUGGACAUGGCUCCAGCACUUUUGUGACCACGGGCCGUGAGUUGCUAAAUUUUGGGAUAGCAACUUCGAUUAUAGGAAUUCAUGUGAUGAAAACAACGAAAAACUAAAA